AUGGGUCCGACUUCGGCCGACGCCGGGUGCGGCGAAAUUGGCGGCGGAAGUGGCGGCGCCGAAAGUGGUGGUGGCGGCCAUGGCUGCUACUACUAUAGUAGUGCUUACGCCGGUAGUAAGGACGCCAGCGCUGUUGACGCGGUCGCAACUAGCGGCGUUUCCGGCGCCACCGGCGGCUCCGGCUCUGUUGAUCGCAGCUCGUAUGGAAUAUCCGACGGCCUCUGCUCGAUCGGCGGCGGCGGCGGCGGCGGCGGCGGUGGCGGAGGAGGAGGAGGAGGGAAGAGACCCCGCGUGGACGGCGCAGUGGAGGCGCCGCAUUCACCGCCGCUUUCGCCCCCGAGUGUCGCGCUGAACCUAAUGGGCCCAGCAGGCGGAGCCGGCAGUUACGGAGAGAAAGAGUCCUCACGGAUCGAUUUCCGCGACGGCGCAAUCAGCGGCUGGCUUCACGGUGAAAGCGGCGUGUUUACUGCUGGGCCGCCAGGAGCGCCGCCGGAGGCAACGCGCGAUUUCGCCAGCGCGCUCUGGGGACAGACGGGCCCAACCGCGGCGCGUUACCCGAGUCGCGACUCGAAGUCCGAAUCGGCGGGGAUCUCCGCGGAGGGAAACGGCGGGACGGGGAGAUCAGCAGCGCCGCGCGCGGCGGAACGCGGCGGCGGAGGGCUGGCUGCAGCUUCCGCGGAGGCGGCGGCAGCGGCGGCGGCGGCGGGAGCUGGUUUAGGCGGAAAUGGCGGCGCAGCCGCCGGCAAAAUCCACCAUGGUUUAACGUCACUAACGGGGACGUCUAUGACGAGUAUGCGCAAGGUGCACAAGGCGGACCGCGAGAAGCUGCGGCGCGACCGCCUCAACGACCAGUUCACGGAGCUCGCGACCGUGCUGAGUGCGCCCCGCUUCCCCUUUCCGUCUUCCGCUUUCCCCUUCCCGCCUCCUCGUUUCCCUUUCCCCCCCCUUCCACCCUCCCCACGAGCCUCGACGAUCAGUUCGCGGAGCUCGCGACCGUCCGGAGUGCGCGCCUCCCCCCUUUCCGCUUUCGCGCCUUUCUGCUUCCGCGCGUUUCUUUCUUCCGCGCCUUUCCCCUUCCGCGUCUUUCCCCUUCCCCUACCCCCUCGCGACCGCCGAACGACCAGUUCGCGGAGCUCGCGUCUCGCUUCCCGUUUCCGCCUUAUCGCUUCCGCUUUCCCGCCUUUCCCCCUUCCUUGCGCCUCAACGACUCCCCUCUUCCGGUUGGACCAGUUCGCGGAGAUCGCGAGCGUGGAGCGUGCAUCCCUCCACCCUCUUCCCUUUCUGCUUCAUUGA